AUGAAGAACUCAAUCCCAUCGGACGUGUGGGAGAGGAAGAAGUCCAUGAUUGCGCAGCUAUAUAAAGAUGAGGAGUGGCCUUUGAAGCAGGUUAUCAAGAAGAUCCGUUCGGAUGAUUUUAAUCCAAGUGAAACACAACUGCGGAGCAGAUUGAAGAAAUGGCGUGUUACCAAACCCUCUCGCCAGACGCGCAAGAAAUCUCAGGAUGACCAACAAGAGGCCUCGGGCAACGAUGGCAGUCAACGGGAUCAAUCCUCUUCGGUAUCACCCAAGACAAAGUUGCGUCCCAUGCAUCAAUCCACCGCGACUGAUGUCGAGCCCGAAUGGCUUAUCGGCAAUGGUGUCUACUCUCGCCACGGCGGGCCACCUGCCACGGCGUCGUUUGACGGACGUUCCUCGACAAGUUCCCCAUCGGUGGCUGUCUUAUCUGGGUCUCAUGCCUACGAUCCAUCCCACACUUCGCCGCUCGUAGACGGGGUAUUGCUGGACUCAUCUGCAAUGGCAUCUCCAUUCCAUGAAUCCUCGUACGCUGUCACCACCGAUGGCAUGCAACCACCGGUCUCGACAACGGCACCGGUUCAGUGGUCAAUCCCUCAAUGGUACUCCAUGGCUCUGGAAGCCGGGACCCAACAUCCAUCGAUGCCUUUUUUCAACACGGCGCCUUUGAGCCCGCCGAUCGACCAUGCAUUGCAAAUGAUGCCGCAGCAUCCGCACGGCGUCUACGCGCCCCAGUCGCCUCGAUCUUCCAGCUUUUCUACGCAUCAUAUGCCUAAUUACCACGAGGAUGCGAAGUCCUGGCAACGCGCCGUUUCUGUCCCAUACAUCUCGGAUGCCGCGGGCGGCCAUCCGAAGUUGGACCCCAAGGGCAGACAGCACACCCCUCUGGAAGGGAAGCCGUCGCUGUCUUCCAAAGCAUCCAGCCAGCCUCCGGUUGGCCUGAUGACUCCUCCAUCGCCUUUUUACUCUAAUGGUCAGCACCCCGUCAUGUGUGCUCCUAUGUAUCAUUACCCAGGCCCAGAGCCGCUUGUACACAAGCCAUCAAGUAUCGAUUUCUAG